ACACGGAAUAGAGAGAAGAAGAAAUAAAGGACAAGAAAUAAGAGAACCUUGAUAACAGAAAAAGAAAGAAAAAGAGAAAGGAAAAAAAAAGAAAUCAAAACAAGAAAAAAAAACUUGCUUAUCAACUUUAUUUGUAACACGAUAAGAGAGAAACCAGGAACCGUGAGUGUGUAUGUGUGUAUGUGUGUAUGUGUGUGUAUCUCUAUGUGCGUGGGCGUGCGCGGGCGUGUAAAGAAACAUGAGGUCGUAGUAUCUGUCAGUGAGGUGAUUUCGUAGUUCUGAUACGACUACGACUACGACAACUACUACUAUUACUACUACUACUACUACUACUACUGCGACUACUACUACUACUACUACGACCAGCCCACCAUGGCGUCGUCCCCGCUGCUUCUACUACGACCUAAUUACCUUCAAGUCAUUCUCGUCGUCCUCGCCUCCGUCGCCGUAACUCUAACUGCCCGCCAGUUUGAGGGGGUACACGUCCCAGGGUACCCCAAGAAGUACCCUAAACAAGAGAAGCUACCGUACCCUGGGGCCCGGUACGGUACACACACGCACCCGCAGUACCCCUGGAGAGAAGGCACUGCAAUGUACCUUGACUACCUCACAAAUAAAGAAGGCAACACACCCACAGCCGCGCACACGUACCAUGCCCCUGGGAACUAUAUAGGGUACCCUGAGAGCAACGUACGGUACCCUGCGAAUACUGUGGUGGGGUACCCUAACUACGGUUACCCUGUGGUGGAGUCCUCGCCCAAUGACGUGGUGAACCAGACCUUUGUCACCCCGUGGGACGCCGCAGAGUGGGACCAGCCGCUUGACCCCAAUGUGUGUCGCACCCUUGGGGGACUCACUCGGCCCCAGCUUCAGGUCUGCAAUAGGAACAGAGACAUAGCAGGAGCGGCGGCGAUUGGACUGUCUUUAGCGGUGCGGGAGUGUCGGAGGCAGUUCGCUAACCACCGCUGGAACUGCACGGCGCUCACAACACCCUCUAACAACCCACACACCGCAGCCAUCAUGACGCGAGGGUUCAGCGAGAGCGCCUUUGGUCACGCUAUUACAGCUGCAGGAGUGACGCACAGUGUGGCCCGGGCAUGUGCAGCGGGGCGCCUCUACAACUGUUCCUGCGGCGUGGUGCGGGGGAAGCGGGCCUGGAAGUGGAGUGGGUGCCAUGACAACACUCGCUUCGGUGCGCGCUACUCCAGACGGUUCCUGGAUGCGAAGGAGCGAGCGAGAGACAUGAUCACCUUCACACACCUGUACAAUAACGAAGUGGGCAGAAAGGUGGUGCGGAGGAACAGAGAGGUGCGGUGUAAGUGUCACGGGAUGUCAGGUUCGUGUGAGGUGAGGACCUGCUGGAAGGCCGCCCCGGAUUUCCGUCGGGUCGGGGACAUGCUGAAGGAGAAGUACGAGGAAGCGAAGUCUGCCGCCGCUGAAGUUUUCGGUAACUCAGCCAACACAGCCCGAAGAUACCGCCCCGUCAGGAGAGAAAUCAGCCCAGACUCCCCCUUGCUCUUCGUGGAACGCUCCCCAACUUACUGCGACAACAACUCAAGAUUAGAAGUGGCGGGGACAAGAGGGCGACACUGCAACAGAACCUCAACGGGGCCAAAUUCCUGCGACACUCUCUGUUGUGGACGGGGCUACAGUCAACGGCGGGAGGUUGUCAGUCGCAAAUGUAACUGUCGAUUUAAGUGGUGCUGUCAGGUAACAUGUAUGGACUGCCUUGAGGAAACGUGGAUAUCCGUUUGUAAGUGAGCUCAAGUAACGCUAUGAGAGGGAUUAAAAGCGUGUUAAGUAGACCGUUUUGUGAUGGAAAUUUUUCUUACUUUUUUUCCCCUCCUCUUAAGUGCAGUGGUGAGGGGAAAAGUACGUGGGUUUGUAAGUGAGCUCAAGUGACGAUACGAUUAAGUGUUCAUAAGUAGACGGUUAUUCUGACACUUUUGCUACUAGUACUAUUUUUUCUUCCUCUCUCUUAAGUGCAGCGGUGAGGGAAACAGUACAAGUGUCUAUAAGUGAGCUCAAGUGAAGACACGAGAAGGAAAAACGUGUCAAAAGAACAUGGUUAUAAGUGAACCGUUUUUCCGACACUUUCCGAAACUUUUCCAACCACUCUUUUCCUUUCCUCUCUUACGUGCAGUGGGGAGAGAAAAGCACGAGCGAAUAACAUGAGAAUGAAGAAAAGUGUGAAAAAAAAGGGUGUCAUGCUUGCGAGUGGACAAAUUUUCCGACAUUUUCCCAAUUCUUUUCUUUCCCUCCCUCUUAAGUGCAGUGGCGAGGGAAAAUUGCGAGGGAAAAGUACGAGAAAGAAAAAAAAGUGUAGAAAAAUCAAGUGUCACGGAUAGACCAUUUUCCUGACACAAACUUACUACUACUACAGUGAGCGUGACAGGCAGUGACAGACAGAGGCCUAAAUGAGAUGUAAAUUAAUGUUCUUUGGGUUACUAAUGCGUUCCCCCAAAGCAUCGAGAGAGUACCGAGAAAAGUGACCAAGUUGUGAGCUGUGAGUUGUGAGCGAGUUGUGAGAGAGUUGUGAGCGAGGAGUGAGUUGUGAGUUGUGAGUGAGUUGUGAGCGAGU